AUUUUCUCCAUAAUUGAAAAAGAAAAACGUUCAUUUACACGUUUCAACUCUCAACUCUCUACUCUCUAUUCUUUACUCUAUCAUUUCCCUCAAAUUCCCCUCAUCCUUUUCCUUCUUCUUCUUCAUCAUCACAUUCUUUUGAUUUCAUAAAUCAUUCCUCGUUUCAUCAAUUGUUUUCAUUUUCACUUCUUUCUCUUGUUAAUCUCAAAAGUCAAAAGUCCACUCGGAAACCCCCAUUCACACCGCCCAUUGUUUGCUUCGAUCGACCAUUCUUCCUUUCCCCAGACAGCAACUUCAUCCUGCAGGAACCACAAUUUUUUGGUCCAAUUAUUCAAAAGACCCAGAAGACCCAGAAGACCCAGAAGACCCUUAAGACCGUUUAAACCAUCUGCCAACUCUUCAACGGACAUUCAUUCACCCACCAUAAUUCCUUCCACCCGCAACGACACAAUGACUCGAAUCUUUCCAAAUAACGAAUUUUCAUCAGCUCAACAGGCCGCCAGUGGUCCUUCUACGAGAUGGGAUCUUCCCGAAAAUGAAUCCGGAAUAAAUCGUACACCUUUUCGAAGAGCAAGACUUGGAUCCGUUCCCAUGGAAGGCGACAUAUCAGAGCAAAUGUUAGAUUUGUCAGUUGGGGAAGAUCUCGAAGAGACUUUGGAUCCGAGGCGUGCGAGUGGCAUAAGAGGUUUAAUCAGACGUGCUUCUGUAUCUUUGAAGAAUAGAAAGAGAAGACAUUCGCAUGCUACAGAAGAAAGGCCAACCUCUUCACCUUCACCAUGGCACAGAUUACGACAAGCUGCAAGUUUCAGUAGGAAUUCGAGGAUGUUCCCACCUCAUUUCAAUCUUGACGGUCCGAUAGAUUCUUGUUCAGAAUUAGCAUCACCAAUCCCCGGAUAUGGCGGGGCACCUCCAAUAAUACCCGUUGGGACCGGUGGAGCCGCUAGAGCUACCGCCGCUGCCCAGAAUCUCUUCAAGAAUAAUCAAUCCCUAACUUCUGAGGAUACACAACAAAAUGAUAGGGAAAGUGCUAUUGGAAUUGCGCUUAAUUCAACCGUCGACCCGUCACAAACCCAGGAUACGUCAAUUAGUAGAAUAGACUUCAUAGGGGGUCUCCCAAUGGAACUAUCUAUUCAAAUACUAGCUAAUCUGGAUUAUCGCUCUUUACUUAGAGUGGAAUUGGUUUCUCGCAAAUGGGCAUCUAUGGCAGGAUCACAACAUGUUUGGCGUGAAACUUUCUUGAGAGAGAAAUCCAAGGCUUAUGCUAUGAGUCAACCGGUUACUCCAGGGUCAGGUCAAGGUGUUCCAGCUUUGAAUCCUUAUACAGAUUGGAAAGACAUGUAUCGCAUUAGACAAAAGUUGGAGAGGAGAUGGGCUGCGGGUCAGACGACGUCAACUUAUCUUUUGGGACAUACGGAUAGUAUUUAUUGCACACAAUUCGAUGAGUAAGUAGUACCACACAUUGAUUACACUACAACCAUUGCUAACAUCUUCAUAGACACAAGAUUAUUACCGGUUCUCGAGAUAGGACAAUCCGUGUAUGGGAUUUGAAAACGUACAAGUGUACUUUGGUUAUUGGACCUCCGGAGAUUGUGAACAAUCCUCUUACCAUAACUGCUCCCGGAGGGCUUCUUCAACACCACGCGACAGGUCCAGUGGAAAAUCGACAUGCAUGCAGUAAACCACGAACAGCCUCUUUCCCAAUUCAUCACAACGCAUCGAUCUUGUGUCUUCAGUACGACGAUGAAAUCCUUGUGACUGGUUCAUCAGAUAGCACAUGUAUCGUGUAUGACAUCAAAAGUGGAUAUACACCAAUCAUGCGUUUGCAACACCACACUGCAGCUGUACUUGAUCUCGCAUUUGAUGAUCGAUAUAUUGUUACAUGUUCAAAAGAUGUUAGUAUCUGUAUUUGGGAUCGUCGCUCGGGUGAGUUGAUCAAACAACUUCGUGGACAUUCCGGACCAGUCAAUGCAGUACAAAUGAGGGGAAAUACAAUUGUUAGCUGCAGUGGAGACUUCCGAGUCAAGUUAUGGAACAUUGACACGGGAAAGAAUAUUCGAGAAUUUUCCGGUCACACCAAAGGUCUUGCUUGUAGUCAAUUUUCCGAAGAUUCAAAAUUCAUCGCUUCGGCUGGUAACGAUAAAAUUAUUCGUAUUUGGGAUGCUAAUACGGGAGAAUGUUUACAAACCAUUCCAGCUCAUGAAAACCUGGUUAGAUCUUUACACAUCGAUUCGGUUAGUGGGAGAUUGAUAUCGGGUAGUUAUGAUCAAGAUAUUAAAGUCUGGGAUAUGGAAACGGGACAUUUAUUACUAGAUUUUCCAAAAUGGCAUGCGAGUUGGGUUUUGGGAGCAAAGAGUGAUUAUAGAAGGAUUGUGAGUACGGGACAGGAUCCUAAGAUUCUUAUUAUGGAUUUUGGUCUUGGAGUUGAAGGAAUUGAAAAGUUGGAGAGUGUGGCGAGGAUGGGGAGUGAAAGUGGGAGUACGAGGCAGAGGGGAUGGAAUGGAGUUUUAUAGAAACGUAGAAGGGAUGAAGGGUGUUUGGUUUAGGAGUCUUUUUGAGGGGUCAUUUUUGGGAGUGGGGAAUUUGAUUUGGUUUAAUAGUUUUACAGAGAUUGGGGAUGAUUGAAUUUAUAUUUGGGGUUGGUGUUGGAAUUGAAUAGAUGGAUAUUCUAGGAGAGUGGAUGGAUGGAUGGAUGGAUGGUUGGUUGGUUGGUAAUGGAUUUGGUUGGACUCGACUGGACUGGACUGGGAUUCGGAUUCGGAUUGCUUGGGAUGGAAUGGAUUGGAAUUGAAUGGAUUGGGUUUAAUUGAUGAGCAGGCGUUCAUACACUAUACAGUCUAUACAGCCUAUAUAUGGGUAUUAUUCUAUAUUGAUAGUGAUAGGGAUAUGAAUGGAUGUUGAUAUAGAUCUAGACUUAUUCAAGCAAUGAAAACAAGGAAAAAUAACUUGAUACAUUAGAAAUGUGGGUAUUUG